AUGAGAGAAUCAUCACCAUCUUCCGAGCCAACACAGUCGAAGAGUCCCUUGCACCGAAUCCAUGCUCCUGGAAGCGUUCAGGCUCUGGCCGUCGAUGAUGAUGUACUGUUCGCAGGACUCCAGGGCGGCAGCAUCACAGCCUGGUCACUGGAGACAUACGAGCUUCUCGCGACGGUUCCAGCCCACAAAGAGAGUGUGUUAAACCUCUCUCUGUGUGAGGACAGAUCGUUAUUGUUUUCCACCGGUGCAGACUCCAUCGUCAAUGUCUGGUCGACUCAAACGCUGCAGCGCCUCUACUCGCUCUAUUCUCACUUUGAAAUCGGCGACAUAUUCUGUGUGGCCCAUUCCACCAGAAAUCAGACUUUGUUCUGGGGAGCUCAAAACGCGAGCUUACAGUGGCACAAAAUCAGCGCCGACGCCAGCACCAUGUCGCCGACGCUUGGUUUUGCUCCCGGAUCUCGCAAGCAUCGCUUCUUCGACUCGUUAGGACCCGGUGGAACGUCCAAUGUCAUUUCCGACGAAGAGGGUUCUACGUCUUUGACUCUGAACAGUCAGGGCGGCCGAGUCUUGACUGUUCCCAGCCACAACUAUCUCCCAUAUGCGCACAAGAGCUAUAUUUAUAGCAUGCUUCUGGUCAAAGGCUUAUUGAACUACAGUAGUUGUGAAGAAGUUCUCGUGACCGGCGCUGGAGACGGAACCAUCAAAAUCUGGUCAAUCGAGUCGUUGUCUUCAGACGGCGUCGUUCCACUCACCAAGUUCAAGAAUACGGGGUUGAAUGUGCUCAGUCUCUCCUUCAGGGGCUCCUUCCUUUACGCUGGUCUUUCCGAUGGCACGGCAAAUGUCUACAACCUGGCCUCUAACCAGCUAGUUCAACGACUCAGCAUCGGUCAUGGCGACAUAAGCCAGAUAUCAGUGAACACCGACAGUAUCCUCUGUGGUACAAGCCAAGGGCGUCUUAAGCGAUACAAUGACCAUUUCAUGGAGACAGAAUGCUGGAAGGCUGCCGACGGCAAGAUCCUUGCAAUGAGUCAGACUACAACCUCUGGCCGAGAUAUACUGAUCACAGGUGGUAAUGACGCCUCCAUUUCGUUCUGGGAUGCCGACGGACACUCUCACACCUCGAUCGCAUCUUCAGUCCGAAGCAAUGAUGAACUGGUAAACAGUCUCCGCGAAUUCAUCAGCUUCCGCACCGUCGCCUCGAAUCCAACCUGCGUACGCGACUGUCACGAUGCCGUCACAUUCCUCCGAAAACAGUGCAACGCCUUCGGUGCGACCACCGACCUCGUAUCUCCACAAGAAGGCGUCAACCCUAUCCUCCUGGCCAAGUUCAGCGCGUCAAAACCCUCGCUGUCGACCAAAACGGUCCUCUUCUAUGGCCACUACGACGUGGUCGACGCCGAAGUCGACUCUACCAUCGGCAACGGGAACCCAAGCUGGGCCGGCGACCCGUUCAGCCUGCAGCCUCUCAACGGAUACCUGUACGGGCGCGGGGUGACGGACAACAAAGGGCCGAUCCUGGCAGCCAUCUACGCGGUCGCGGACCUGGUCCAGCAAAAGACGCUGUCGUGCAACGUGACGUUCCUCCUCGAAGGCGACGAAGAAGCCGGGUCGCGCGGGUUCCGCAAGGCCGUGCAGUCGAUGCACUCCUCGUCCUCGAUCGGGCCCGUCGACUUCAUCCUCCUCUCUAACAGCUACUGGCUCGACGACCACAUCCCGUGUCUGACGUUCGGGAUGCGAGGCGUCAUCCACGCGACCGUCACCAUCUCCUCAAACCGACCCGACCAACACUCGGGCAUGGACGGCAAGUCGGUCCAGCACGAGCCGCUAAAAGACCUCACGGUGCUCCUCGCCGCGCUGAUCGGGCCCACGGGGACCAAGGUCACGAUCCCCAACUUCUACGACAGCGUCGACGACCUCUCGGAGCUCGAACUGAAGUCGUACGCCGACAUCACGUCGGCCCUGAUCCCGGGCCACCCGGAGAUCAAGAACGAGAAGGCGUUUGCGCUCUCGCUCAUGCAGCGCUGGCGCUACCCUAACCUCACCGUGCACAGGAUCGAGGUCCCGGAGGCCAAGACGGCCGUGACGAUAAGCGGCCUCGCCAACGCAACGCUGUCCAUCCGCAUCGUCCCCUCGCAGACGGCCGAGCACAUUGCCCGCAGCCUCACGCGGUACCUCGAGGAGCAGUUUGCGACCCUGCAGAGCUCCAACAAGCUCAAGGUCGAAAUCACAUCCAAGGCGGACCCAUGGCUAGGCGACAUCGGCAGUGCUCUGUACCACGCGUUGAAAGAAGCCGUGGUGGAAGUGUGGAAUCCUGAUACAGAUUCUUCGCAUCGUUCGUUUUCUUCUGCUGUCGGUGGUGGUGGUGGUGGUGCCGUCGCCAUCGCUGCAGCCGAUACAACCACCACUGACACCACCACCUCAUUAUCAUCAUCAAUGUCGUCGUCGUCCUCAUCGUCAUCGUCAUCAUCAUCGCCCACCACCGUCAAGUCUACAACUCGUGCACGUACAUCCCCCACGAUGCCGUCAAAGUCAUCAAAGUCGGCAUCCACGACUAGAAAUACGCAAUUCAAUGCGCCAAAUCCAGGAGCGAAACGAUCUUCGCACCGACGCGCCUCGUCCCUCGCCAGCGCAGGAACAUUCACAUCCACCAACCUGCCGCGUCAACCGCUCUUCAUUCGCGAGGGAGGCUCGAUCCCCGCCAUCAGCUUCUUGGAAAAGGAAUUCGAUGCCCCCGCCGCCAUGUUCCCCAUGGGCCAAGCGAGCGAUAAUGCCCAUUUGGACAAUGAACGCAUGAGGGUCGAGAAUCUGUGGAAGGGACGAGACGUGCUGAAACGGGUUUUUUCUAGGUUGUAG